AUGAGCUUGUCAGAAAAUUGGUACCUCUGCAAAGGGUGCCUCUGGCUGCGACAGUGAAGGACCAGUAUAAAAGGCAGCCCAAGUCCCUGCUCUCUCAUCCACUUCUCUUGCCUCCUUCUCCUUGGGAACCAGGUGAGUCUUGAAACCCCUUCUCCUUCUCUUCCAAAAGACAUGUCCUGCUCCAACCAGUGCCAGCCCUGCCAGCCCUGCGGCCCGACCCCGCUGGCCAACAGCUGCAAUGAGCCCUGUGUCAGGCAGUGCCAGAACUCCACCGUCGUCAUCCAGCCCUCUCCCGUGGUGGUGACCCUGCCCGGCCCCAUCCUCAGCUCCUUCCCGCAGAACACCGUUGUGGGCUCCUCCACCUCCGCUGCUGUUGGCAGCAUCCUCAGCUCUGAGGGAGUGCCCAUCACCUCUGGGAGCUUUGACCUCUCUGGCAUUUCCAGCCGCUACUGUGGCAGAAGGUGCCUCCUCUGA